CUCACCGAAAACGAUCAUAUUUCGCGUUGUUCACAUGUUCGCGAUAAAAUUCUGCCAGACAACGGCGGGAAGCUUAAGCCAUUUAUUUUAGAGUGAAUUUAAUUUGGUGACAACAGCCAUGCGAGCUGGUGCAUAGGAAAGAAGUGCGCUUUUGGUGAACGGAAGUGUUUUUUUAAAUACACAUUUUAAUAAGCGAGUUUGAGUUGUUUUCAUAAAAUGAUGAAAGUGCGCUUUAUUUUGUGCGGUAUUCUAUUUGUGAGUGUUGCUUUGGCGCAAGAUUUUGAGCCAGAUCCUUUAGAGCCCGAACGUGGGCCGUUAGAACCGGAAGUUGGUCCUUUAGAACCCGAAGCAGUAACAACGAAUGCACCAGAAAGGACCACUGAGGAAGCAACUGCGUCCGUUACUAAUGCGCCAACAACUGUCACGACGUUAGAAGUUACAACAGAUAUCGCCACAACGACAAGUGGGGAGCCUACGACAACAAUAACAAUAACUGAAGGGCCAACAACUGCAACAGCUGAAGCGACAACAGAAAGUCCUACUACGACUACUACCCUGACAGCGGAGGAGCCAACAACAAUAAGGACAACUACAGAAAUUCCAGUCACUACUACUACCAUGACUACGGAACAACCGACAAUAACAACGACAACAACAACAACAGAACAAUUAGCUUCCACUACCACCACGACAACAGAGGAGCCAACAAUAACAACAACGACGACAACUGAAAGACCCACCUCUACAACUACUACGACAACAGAGACGCCGGCACCAUCAACAACAACGACAACACAACGCUCCACUACAUCAACUACCCCCUCUAUCCGGCCAAUUAUAUGGAGACCAAUAACAAGGAAACCAACAACUACUACCACUACCACAAAAGCACCCUGGCAAGGCUAUCCAUUUUAUCCAAAACCAAGCACCACAACAGCACCCAAAACAUCUACAACAACAAAACAUCCAGGUUAUCCACCAUAUCGACCGGCGAAUCCUUGGGAGCCAUAUACACCCCAGCAGCCGCAGAAGCCAACUUAUCCGCAAACUUCGCAACAGAAUCGUUGCUAUUUUAAAUCACAACGUGGCUCACCAUAUUUGCAGUUGCGCUGCGGCGGAUGGCAGUACGUCUACCACGUGCAGUGCUACCGUUGUUGCAUCUACAACGAUGCCAGCUAUGCCGGUUGCAACCAAGUACAUAGCUCCCAUUGCCAACAGCAGCAGCAACAAAAACCACAACAACAACACAGUUAUAAUACGUACACCAAUUAUUGGUAUAGCAUUUAAUGGGCCGUACAGCUGGACAUGCGCAUGAUCUAAUAUAUCCCAGCAAAAACUUUCGAUUCUUUCGUUAGCGCUUACUUUUUGUAUCCAUGGAGUAACGCAUUACAAUUCGCCUCAAGAAAAAAUUUUUCAUUUUUACAUUUUCUCGCUUACCGCCAAUGACAUGUCCAGGUUAAAGUAAUGUGUUCUGUAAACCAGAAGGUAUGUGGUGAAUUUCGAAAAGUGCUUCCCAAUCGAGAUUUACCACUUACCAGUAAUGCAGUGGGUAAACGAGAAAAUGAAAAUGUUUGAUUUGGGGCGAAUUGUAAUGCGUUACUCCAUCGAUACAAAAAGUAAGCGCUUACCAAAAACAGAAAAUUUUUUGCUGGGGUGCUUGCAACGAUGCAUAUACAUUGGGGUUGUCCAAAAAUGCAUGUUAAAAAGUAAAGUCGGAAUUUUAAUGCUCUCACCACCUAGGAUUGUUCUAUACCGAAAAGA